GCAGUGACUGACUUGUCUGUCAAGAGAGUCUUCUUCUUCUUCUCUCUCUCUCUCACAGAUCUCUUCUCUCCAAAAUCAGAGUUUUCACACUUAUUACAGGCAGGCAGGCAGGCAGGCAGGCGGCAGGCGCAUCGCAUCGCCAGCUGACUGUGGAAACCUAAUUUCUCUUCUCCCUCCUCCUCCCUUUUGAUCGCCGCCGCGGCAUACAAUAUUAAUAAUAAUAAUAACGGAGAUGGAGGAUGCCUUAGAACAAUGGAAGACCUUCAUUGAGCAGUGGAAUGUUCAAUUGCAGCAAUGGCUUCGUCAAGCACAACUUUUUAUUCGAACCCUACCGCCACUUCAACUCUACGCUGCUAUUGCAGUGGUCUUACUCACCACAUUUCUCCUCUUGUUAGCACGCUUCUUCAAGCGUACCAAAUCGAAUACCAUCGUUCUCUCUGGUCUCAGUGGAAGUGGAAAAACUGUUAUUUUCUACCAACUAAGAGACGGCUCUUCCCAUAAGGGUACCGUGACGUCUAUGGAACCGAACGAAGGAACUUUCGUGCUUCAUUCUGAAACGCAGAAGAAGGGGAAGGUUAAGCCUGUUCACGUUGUGGAUGUUCCUGGGCAUCCCCGACUUCGUACAAAACUUGACGGAGUCUUGGCUAGAGCAGCUUGCGCAGUCUUUGUGGUUGAUGCAGUUGAAUUCUUACCCAACUUGCGUGCAACUUCAGAGUAUCUCUAUGACAUCUUGACGAUGGCAAGUGUUGUAAAGAAGAAAGUUCCGAUGCUGAUCUUGUGUAACAAAGUGGAUAAAGUGACUGCACACACAAAAGAGUUCAUCCGAAAACAACUGGAGAAAGAAAUUGACAAGCUCCGUGCUUCGAGAACUGCUCUAUCAUCAGCAGAUAUUACUAAUGAGUACGUGCUGGGGGUAGAUGGUGAAUCUUUUGCAUUCUCACAGUGCCUCAAUAGAGUGGCUGUUGCAGAAGCUUCCGGUUUGACUGGAGAAAUAUCUCAGUUGGAGCAAUUUAUCAGGGAACAUGUGAGUGCCUGAAUCGAAUGAAUCUUGAAUGUUUUGCUCUCUCUGACGGAUAUGGUUUGUUUUAAAAAUGUAUUAUUACUUACUACUUCAGAAGAGGCAAAUGAGCCAAAAAGAAGAAGAAGAAGAAGAGGGGUUAGAACUAAGAAAGCCUCUUUGUUUGAAGUUUAUUUUGAAAUUUGAAAAAAAUGGUUUUAGGUUUGGGUAAUUUCCUGAUAUUCUUCUUAUUAUUUGUUUGUUUGUUUGUUAGUCUUUUAGCUUUUUUUUUUCUAAGGCAUGUUAUAUAGUCGGGGUGUUAUUUUCUUGUGGUAAUAUUAUAAUUUGAAGCAGAGUUUCUUUCUU